UUUACUGCAAAUUGAACCUAUCACGACGCUCAGGAAGAAUGGUUGCCCCUGGCACGUCUGAUCAAGUAGAUCCAACCACAGCAACGCGCAGCCUACCUGUCGAUGCCUCGCGCUCGAAUGCCGUUGCCAAGGAAAUGGGUCAGCUGCUUCUUCAAGGCUACAAAAUUGUGCUCAACGUUUGCGAAUCAUGUGAUUGCAUUUUGUUGGAAGAUCAGCAAGGACUUGCAUUCUGCGUUGGUUGUACGCUUGAUAACGAGAAGUUUGUUGCCAGUCCUAACCAGCCUACGCAGAGACAAGGAUACUUCGCUCAACUAAAAGACGUAAAAGUUAACAAGCCUCUUGGAUCAACGGACUUAAAAGUAAUGGUGCACGGAGUCGAUCUCUCGGAAGAACUGCAUGAAGCAAUUGCUGCUCUCAAGAAUAAACUUCGCCUCCUGAGUCAACGGCUAUAUUCUAUUGAUGACCAUUUAGAAUUAUCAGAGUGUUUAAAAUCAAUGUCAUCCAUUGCCAUAGUGAUAGAAAGAUAUAGACAAAUAAUGUAGUAGGUGAUUAAUGUGUUCAUUGAGGUAUAAAAUGUGAUCAUUACGGUCUUAGCGCCAGAAAAAUUUGCCUCACAUACUGAUACAGCCGUUAACCAAUUAACAAGUGAAUUCUUUUCUAUUGUUACAUGGAAUGUCAUUAUUAAUGAAUCUAACACAAAAUAUGCCAGCU